AAUAAAUAACUUUAGACUCUAUGAUAGAGUCUGCAUUGUGAGUGCCCUAAUGGAGCCAGGGGAGCUAGGUUCACAUGGCUUCUAUUCUCCAAUGGAGCAAAAUCAUAAGAAGCUAGAACCGUUUUAUCUUAGAUCUACAGUUUUGAACAAGCUGAUUGAAAGAAGCCCCAUCGAAGGGGCCCUAAUAAUGUUGGGCGCUAUUAAUGUCACUUUCGUAGUGGUCGUACGGAGCAGGUGGCAAGUUUCCAAUUCUGCAUUCCGCAACUUUGGAUGGAGAGAUUGUAGCCGCCUAGUUGCCAAACCACGUAGACAGGGUAAAAUCUCCAAGGCACCACGCCAAUGAUGGGGGAUGGGCUGGGCGGCCGCUGAUUUGCUCGAACGGAAGCCGCACAAUGCCGUGGCAGAUAAAAGUCGGGAACGUGCUGCUCCUGUAGCAGCUACGCGCGCCCAGGACGCAGCAACAGCAUGACCCUGGUCCCUGCCGGUGGAAGAAAUGCGCCGCACCCAGACCCCUGUCCGUGGGCCAAGUGCCCAAGGCAUUCGUAGUAUUGGCUAAGACCAGUCUCAAUGUAUAGUUUAAUGACACAGCUAUCAAGAUUAUAAAUUAGAUAAUCGAGCCACAAGAGUUUUAUGGGGAUUAAACUCCUCUCUCAUCUAAUGAAACUCCUUCAUUUAAUGACUCUGUCAAAUCAACAAUUUUAGAUUAUGUGACACCUUAUUUAAUAUACAUGACACUCUAAUAAAACAUGUAUUGACACUGGCCAGCCUGAUGGCUCGUAGCGCGCUUCGCGAGCAGAUCGCGCACGUACCUUCCACUGACCCAGUGCGGGGCCGAUGCCGCCGGACUUUUCGCCCCCGAAAGGCUGCACGGCGCAGUGCACAGAAUCGCUAGCUAGGGGCCUAGUAGGGCUCAAGCAGCAAUCAGGUGGAUCACGCCACGUACACGGCCGUUCGGCUAUACGGCGAUGCCGAUCUCAUGACCGAGACCGCCGCGGACCCUCCGUGUGCCCUCCUCGUUCAUCAGUCCUGAUUAUUAUGCUCCGCCCGCCGCGGUCGUCGUUGUUGCGUGCUUAGCCAUAGCCGUAGCUCCUCCCGCUCCCCCAAGGAAGCCUCUCGCCUCUCGGACAGACCAAUCAGGCGGUGGAACGCCAGCGCGCAUGCAAUGGCGGUGCACGACUCGCUCGAGGUGCUCGACGGCCGCUGCGACGACGACGACGACGGCCACCCGCGCCGGACUGGGACCGCGUGGACGUGCGCGGCGCACAUCAUCACGGCGGUGAUCGGCUCCGGGGUGCUGUCGCUGGCCUGGAGCGUGGCGCAGCUGGGCUGGGUGGUCGGCCCGGCCUGCUUGUUCUGCUUCGCGCUCGUCACCUACGUCUCCGCGGCGCUGCUCGCCGACUGCUACCGGCGCGGCGACCCCGAGAAGGGGCCAAGGAACCGCUCCUACUUGGACGCCGUCCGCGUCUACCUCGGCAAGAAGCAUACCUGGGCUUGCGGCUCGCUGCAGUUCGUGAGCCUGUACGGCUGCGGCGUCGCCUAUAUCAUCACCACCGCCACUAGCAUAAGGGCGAUUCUGAAGGCGAACUGCUACCACAAGCAUGGGCACGACGCGCACUGCGACUACGGUGGCAGCUACUACAUGCUCGUCUUCGGCGCCGCCCAGCUCCUCCUCUCCUUCAUACCGGACUUCCACGACAUGGCGUGGCUCUCCGUCGUCGCGGCGGUCAUGUCGUUCUCGUACGCCUUCAUCGGCUUUGGCCUCGGCCUCGCAACAACCAUUGCUAACGGGACGAUCAAAGGAAGCAUAACAGGUGUUCAGAUGAGGACGCCUAUGCAGAAGGUUUGGCGCGUCUCGCAGGCCAUCGGCGACAUUGCCUUCGCGUACCCCUACUCCUUGAUCCUCCUGGAAAUACAGGACACCCUCAAGUCACCACCAGCCGAGAACAAGACGAUGAAGAGGGCAUCCAUGAUCUCGAUCCUUGUCACCACAUUCUUCUACCUUUGCUGCGGCUGCUUCGGCUACGCCGCCUUUGGGAGCGACGCGCCGGGCAACCUCCUCACCGGCUUCGGCUUCUAUGAGCCCUACUGGCUCAUCGACUUCGCCAACGCCUGCAUCAUCCUCCACCUGCUGGGCGGGUACCAGGUGUACAGCCAGCCGAUCUUCCAGUUCGCGGACCGGUUCUUCGCGGAGCGGUUCCCGGACAGCGGGUUCGUGAACGACUUCCACACCGUCCGGUUGGGGUGCCUGCCGGCGUGCCGGGUGAACCUGCUGCGCGUGUGCUUCCGGACGCUGUACGUGGCGUCCACGACGGCGGUGGCCGUGGCGUUCCCCUACUUCAACGAGGUGCUGGCGCUGCUGGGCGCGCUCAACUUCUGGCCGCUGGCCAUCUACUUCCCCGUGGAGAUGUACUUCAUCCAGCGGAACGUGCCCCGGUGGUCCGCCCGCUGGGUCGUCCUGCAGACCUUCAGCGUCGUCUGCCUCCUCGUCAGCGCCUUCGCGCUCGUCGGCUCCAUCGAGGGGCUAAUCACCCAGAAGCUAGGCUAGGCUAGUCCAGUCCAGUAGAACAUGCUAUGUGCUUUGGGUUGCUUUUCUUGUUGUUGUAAUGGUAUAAUGGAGAAUGCAGCAGCAGUAGGCUAAAAGCGAAUGCGGGGAUGACGACGAACAGCAGCAGCGUACACUAGUAUAGUAGCAGGUCUUCAGCAGGAUCAGGGAAUGGCAGCGUGAUCUAUUUAUUUUCAGUGCCUUCCUCCUGCAUUGGAUUGUAACAUGGAAACUGUGUUACCAUGUAUACAUGUCGUGUUGAUACC